AUGAGUAUCAAAUCUAGUGCCCGUAAGAAAAAAGAAUGGAGAUAUCCGGCUCUGUGUAGAUUUUUGAGAUCUGAAUCGAGCGUUUCUCACAGACCACUACCCUUUGCCAUCAAUGGAGAAAUUACUGAGCACAGUAGUGGGGUCGGAAAUGUUCUCGAUGCUCGACGGUUUCUCAAGGGGAAUGGACUUGUUGAGUCUACUAACAAGAACUUGAUCAGACUUAUUAAAAGAAUAGGUUCUGAAUAUAAGAGGGAGUGGCACCAUCAUUUGAGAAGCGCAUUAUGGGCAGAUCGCAUAACACCUAAACAAAUCUUUAAAAAAUCCCCAUAUAAGCUGGUAUAUGGAAAAGAUGCACUUUUCCCCACGUCUCUAGAGAUCUCAGCCCUACAGCUACUGAAGUCCAUGGAGGUGGCGGAGAACAACCCUAUGACCAUAAGAUUAGCGAAGGUUAUGGAGCUAGAAGAGGCAAGGGAGACAAUCUUUGCGGCUCUCCAAGACAGGCAGGAAACCAUCAAAAGGUGGUUUGACAGCAAAAAGAGCUCCAAUCUGAUUUUCAGGCUUGGGAACCUCGUGCUGAAAUACAAUGAAAGGGCGGCGAAGCCCAGCCAACACGCCAAGUUCGAUUGCCUGUGGGAAGGGCCUUUCCGCAUUCUAAAUUGCAAAGGUUUCAACGCAUUCAAACUCGAAGACAUUGAUGGAGACCCCCUCUAG